AUGUUACCCCGGACACUCUUCAGCCUCACCACCCUCUGCCUCGCAAAUUCGUCAACGGCUUUCAAAUUAAAUCAGUGGUGGGGCGAUAAACCAUCAGACCCCAAACAAUGCCAUAGGGGUGGACCGGGCGACAAUCUCGUCGAUGGGAAGCUCUUCUGGAAUGGUCUUGGAUGCAAGACGGACGGAGCUGGCAAGCAGCAAGCGACGAAGGUCACGGCUGGCAAUGGUGAUGACGCUCUUGUUGUAGCCUUCUUCAGCAGCAACGAUUGUAACCCUGACACUCUCCUCGCGACGGUAGAUGAGACAUCUGAGAUCAACGGAUUAGAAGCUGGUUGUUGGGAAGGAAAAUAUGGGAGUUUCGAAGUCUGGAGUGUUUGUGAGAAUGAUGGGCUGGACUGUAUGAACUAA